AUGAUAAGAGUGAUCUUAUUACUCUUGAUUAUAUCAGCUACCUUUGUGGAUGCUCGUGCGCGUCGUAAACGGCGUCAAUUAUCAUCAGCGAGUUAUUAUAUAUCAGAUGUAAGUCCAUAUUCCGGCUCUUAUUCUCCAUCAUCACCUUUAACAUAUCCAUCGGGUUCAUAUUAUAAUGCUCCUAAUUAUGGUAAUUUAAAUACAGGCUAUAAUGGAAAUCAACCUCCUUAUAUGAAUUAUUACGGUAGCGAUUUAAGUCAAUAUGGUCCGGGAUAUUCAUCAGAUUUUAAUAAUCAAUAUCCGUUUGGAACAAGUCAGACUUAUGAAUUUCCAAAUUUAGGUAGUACAUAUGGAAGUGGACUAUAUGGAGCUUAUGGAACACUUUCAUAUGGUUAUGCACCUACAGGAUUUAAUAAUCGAUAUCCUAAUUGGGAACAAGGAAAUAUUAAUCAAUAUUUUACAGGUGGAACAGGUAGUGGUUUAAUUCCUCCGAAUUAUCAAUGGUAUCGAUCAUUUCGAAAUGUUCCAUUCCAAGGACGAUCAGGUGGUAGUCUUGAUCGCAAUUCUAAUGGACCAAAUUUACCUGUAUCUUCCGACAAGUCGACCGCUGAUAUUAAUGGUAGUGCUAAUCGACGUCGUCGUCGCCUCCGUCGUCAAACAUCAGGAUCAUUGUAUGGUACGAAUGCAGGCUUAGGUGCAAGUGCACCUGCAGGCUUUAAUUAUCCUGCUAAUACUAAUAUAGGGGGUAUACGUAUGAAUAAUCCAGAUGCAAGAGAUAUUUAUGGCAAUCCUAUGGGAUCAUCAUCAAUUACAGACAAUACUUUACAAAAUGUUAAUUUAUACGGUCUACAACGUCCGCAACAACAACCGCCAUUUUAUGGAACAAACGAUCAAUCAUCAUUAAAUUCUUUAUAUAAUGGAAAUAAUUAUUAUUCUGGUAGCGGUACAAAUCCACUUUUACGUGAUCAAUAUGGAAAUCCUAUCUCACCAGUUAAAGGAUCUGUUGGUACUUCAUAUUAUUCAUCGUCCAAUUCUCAAAUGCCUUACCCGGCUAAUCCAAAUCAAGUUUUAACUAAUAAAGAUUUUUAUGGUACAUCAUCAAAUACAAAUAAUAAUCAAUAUUCUUAUAAUAAUGAUCUAUUACCAAACCGUAAUAAUUAUGGUGGACCUAUGGAUCCUAAUGCGAAUAAAAAUUUUUUGCCAAAUGCAAACAACAAUCAAUAUUCUUAUAAUAACGAUCUAGGACCAAACAGUAAUACCUAUGGUGGACCUAUGGAUCCAAAUGCGAAUAAAAAUUUUUUGCCAAAUACAAACAACAAUCAAUAUUCUUAUAAUAACGAUCUAGGACCAAACAGUAAUACCUAUGGUGGACCUAUGGAUCCAAAUGCGAAUAAAAAUUUUUUGCCAAAUACAAACAACAAUAAUCAAUAUUCUUAUAACAAAGAUCUAAUGCCAAAUCGUAAUACUUAUGGCGGACCCAUGGAUCCUAAUGCGAAUAAAAAUUCAUGGACAAAUACAAAUACUCAUAAUCGAUUUAAUCAAAAUCCUGGUAAUUCUUUGUAUCCAAAUAGAGAUGACAAUUUUCGUAAUUCUAAUAAAUACGGACAACAAAAUCCAUUUUAUUAUAAUAACAGUUAUCGAUUAACAGUAUCAUAUUUCGUUAUAUUUCUCUCGUUUUUUGGUACCAUCGUCUGA